CUGCAGGGGGCAGGAGUCACCAGGUCUGACGGAGUGGGUGUUCAGCGGAGUAUGGAGAGGUGGGAGCAGCUGGCCCUGUAAGACCAAUGCUGGGUUGAAAGGGGCACCUUCUAGGUGGCUGGCAGUGUGCCCAAGCCCUUUGUGUGUAUUAUCUCAUUAACUCCUCACAACAGCCCUAGGAGGGAAGGGUUAUUAGUGUACCCAUUUAAUAAAGAAACUGAGGCACAGAGAGAUUCACAAGUCCUCAAGGUCAUAGAGCUUGCUAGACAGCAGGGCAAGAUUUGAACCCAGGUCUGUCCACCCCUGCAUUGCAGGCUCUUAGCAUCCGUGUCUGUGGUCCUCAACGCUGGCUGCAGAUUAGAAUAACCCAGAGCACUAACCACCACCCAUGUCCAGAGUUCACCUGCAGCUAUUAUAUCAGAGUCACCUGCCCCUGGCACUGAGACUCUCUGCUUGACACUGUGCUGCUUUUACAUAUGUCUUCCCAGGUAGUUAAUAUGAAUUGGGUUUGUACCUGGAACCUAACCUGACUUUCCUUUGGGGUCCCUGGUGAGUCCCAGCUUGUCAAGAGUCUGCAGAUGGCUGUUUCCUGGGCUUGACCUCCAAGUCUUUUCCGAUCCCCUACAGACUAAGUCACAUUCUUCUGUCUCACGUUCUUGGAGGUUUUGUGUUUCCUUCCGCCUUCAUAGCAUUUACCUGAAACUUGAUUCAGUAAGUGCAUUCAUAACUCUUUAACGCUCUUGCCUGCCUGCUGGAAUGUAAGCCCCCUGAAAGCCGGGGCCAUGCCUAUCUUGCUCCCCACAGCAUUCCCAGAGCCAGGCACAGUGCCUGGCCCAUAUAUAACUGGACAAACGAUACUUCUUUUCUUCAUUUUAAGAAUUACUCAUGAGUAUUUAUCGUGCGCCAGGUACAUGCCCACAUUUGCUUUAUAAGCAAGAUAAGGGGAAACCCCCUUUUCCAGGCAAGGAAACAGAAGCUCUGGAAUGUGAGAAGUCAGAAGCUGGUGACAGAGCCAGGAUUCAACCCCAGGCCUGCUCUCCCUUCUCACGCACCUGAGUCUCAUGACUCUGACCCCCGGGUCCCGCAGAGAGUCUGGUUCAUGCUCCCUUGUGGAGCAACACAUCUUUGGAGAAGGCACUUAUGUUAGCUGCUCACUCUUCAGUUUCAGCUCCCCAGUGUAUUUCCUGCCCUUUGGGCGUCAACACCACCCCAGGCUCCUCCCUCUGUCCUCAGGGGCUGCCCCUCCUUCUCGCACCUCCUCUGGAGGUUUGGUCCAAACAAGGCUGCUGAGUAACUCCCCUGAUGAAACCGUUCCAUCGUCAGCAGCAGCACAGACGUCAAGAGCUAUCCAGGGACUUCCUCCCACGGCUCUCUGGGAGCGGGGAGCCUGUGGCACCUUCUGGGCAGCGCCCACCCGCUCCCCUAAUGGGGCUUCUGACCAGGCACCGAAGCUGGACAAAAAGUCCGUGGAAAAGCAGCCUCUCCGUAGUGAGAACACUUUCAGCGCUGCGUGCGGGGACUGUUUCAUCAGGGGCAGGGAGAGUUCGGCUUCCCAUGUCCUCUCUGGUGCCCCCUGCUGGGAGAAGCUGGCUGCCGGGAAACACACCUCGGCUCGGGUCAUCUGGCUCUGGCUGUAGGUCUUGGGUGCGACACCUGAGGCUGAAGAUGAGUUCUCAUCAGACCUGGAACCAAGAGGGACGAAGAAGAGCCACUCACCUAAAAAGUUCCAGUCGUAGGACCUUGAAGACCACUUUGCAAAGGGUGGCCUCUCAGCUUUGUGGCCCAAGGAAGCCUUGAAAGAUCCUCGCUCAGGAUUAGGCAGAGGAUUGUUUGCAGGUUGGCAGCCCUCUGUCACACCAGCACUACCUCCAUCAGGCUCCCUCAUCGCCAUCUUUUGGUUUCUCUUGGGUUGGAGAGACCCCGAGUAGCAAAGGGAGCAGAAGGAUCUGCUCGCCUCUGUUGGCUCAGCUUGUGCUUCUUCCAGCCCCGGAGCCUCAUCCCAUUUCAGUGAUGAAGCAAGUGUGAAAAAUGGAGCAUGAUGGGGAUGUCACAAGAUCUUCCAGGCCCUCAACUGGAACUGCCUGCUCUCAAUCCAGCUGCAAUUGCCAGGGGGCAGUUAGGAUGUGUGUUUUUCCCUGAGUGCUUGCUUAUGCAUGUUUGUGUGCAGAUUGUGUGUGUGUGUGUGUGUGUGUGUGUGUGUUUAUGCACACACAAGGCUGGGAGCUGGAAGGCACCCUGGCUUUGGUGGCCCAAACUAGCCUGCUUCCCCUUCUGGGUCUGCUGGCCUCAUUCCCAGCUGCAGCUGCCAUUCUGGGGCCCCCUCCCUGAACCAAUCUCCCUGCAGAUUUGGCAGCAGGAGAGGAGGGGCUGAGGGAAGGGAAAUGAACCGGAGAGAGGACUGAGCUCUAAUCUGAUGUAGAUGAUCCGGCAGCCUUCCCCCAGCUUGCUGCCCUCUGCCAUCAGCUCCCCAGGCGAUUUUCUCUGUGCCCUGCACUCUUCCCCUCCUGCCUUCAUCUCCUUAAGAAAGUGUCCAGAAAGUUAAACCCAGACACACAAACACACACACAAUCCACAAAAAAAAAAAAAAAAAAAAAAUCAGAGAGCAGGAGCAGGCAGACGAGUAAGAGAGCACGCGCGCAAGAGAGAGGGCUCAGAACGGGCCAGGAGGAAGAGCUGCGCAGGCAGAGAGAGGCUGGGGUUGGCCGUGACAGGGACUAAGGUCUCUUAGUCCCCAGGAGCCUCCUUCAUGGACCGGGGGAUCCUGAGAGGGGCUGCCUCAGCUUAGGAUGGGCAACUGUGUCAAGUCUCCACUGAGAAAUCUCUCAAGGAAGAUGCGCCAGGAGGAGAAGAGCAGCUAUGCGGUGGUGCAGACGAGUGAGGAGGGGCUUGCAGCCAGCAGUGAGCUCCCAGGACCGCUCCUGAUGCUGGCCCAGAACUGUGCCGUUAUGCACAACCUGCUGGGCCCUGCCUGCAUCUUCCUGCGCAAGGGCUUCGCUGAGAACAGACAGCCUGACAGAUCACUGCGGCCAGAAGAGAUCGAAGAGCUCCGAGAGGCCUUCCGAGAAUUUGACAAGGACAAGGAUGGCUACAUCAACUGUCGGGACCUGGGCAACUGCAUGCGGACCAUGGGCUACAUGCCCACCGAGAUGGAGCUCAUCGAGCUGUCCCAGCAGAUCAACAUGAACCUGGGUGGCCAUGUGGAUUUUGAUGACUUCGUAGAACUAAUGGGACCUAAACUCCUAGCAGAAACAGCAGAUAUGAUUGGAGUGAAGGAACUGCGAGAUGCUUUCCGAGAGUUUGAUACCAAUGGUGAUGGGGAGAUAAGCACCAGUGAGUUGCGAGAGGCCAUGAGGAAACUCCUGGGUCAUCAGGUGGGACACCGAGACAUAGAGGAAAUUAUCCGAGACGUGGACCUCAACGGGGAUGGACGAGUAGACUUCGAAGAGUUUGUCCGGAUGAUGUCCCGCUGAGGCCGCAAGGGCCCCUCCAGGACUGCCAAGCUCCCCGGUGGGAGAAGAGGAGCCGGAGUGCGCCUCACCCCGCCGCAGCCGCCGAGAGCCCAGGAUGGACUGGCGGACGGGGCCUGCCUGCACCCCGGGGAGGUGCCCACCCCGGACCCCCACCCCUCCGCACUGUGAAAGACUCACAAUUCCUACAACUGGAAAGGG